AAUUGAAGUUUACUGUUUUUCAUUGUGUGAAGAAACAAAAGACAAAAUGGGUUUUCGCUUACCUGGUAUUAGACGAUCAUCAUUUAGUGCAAGUCAAGCAUCUUCUUGCAAGGUUGUGGAGGUCCCAAAAGGGUAUCUUGCAGUGUAUGUUGGAGACCAAAUGAAGAGGUUCUUGAUUCCAGUAUCAUUUUUGAACGAGCCUUUAUUUCAAGAAUUGCUGAGUCAAGCUGAAAAGGAAUUUGGAUACUAUCAUCCUAUGGGUGGUCUCACAAUCCCCUGCAAGGAGGACGUGUUCUUAGCUAUAGCUUCUCGCUUGAAACGGUUAUAAUUCAUACUGCAAAAGAUCCCAACAUAGACUAGCAGAGAAUUUUGU